ACACCCGGCCCCAAGGCCCUCUGUAGGUGUUCAAUUCCUGCCACUCCCCGCUUCCACUUUGGCAUCUUGCUCGCACCGGGGCAAGGCAAUGGCGCCGCCGCGUCGCUACCUGGCCGCGUUGCUCGCUCUGCUAUGCGCGUGCACCACCACGAUGCCGCCGGCGGGCUCCGUCGUCGCGGCCGCGAACGUACCGAUCACUACGUGCCGGUCGUUCUGCGGCAACAUCACGGUGGACUACCCGUUCGCGCUGCACCCCGGAUGCGGCCACGCGGGGCUGCGGGACCUGCUCUUCUGCAUCAACGGCGCGCUGAUGCUCCACCUCCCCUCGGGCUCCUACCGCGUGGUCGACGUCGACUACGCGUACCGGGGCCUGACCCUGCACGACCCGGCCAUGUCCGACUGCCGCGCGCUGGACCUCGCCCCGGCUGGGCGGGGCAACGGCUUCGUCCUCGAGCCGUGGCGGGAGCCGUACCUGUCGCCGGACCCGGACAACGUGUUCCUCCUCCUAGGCUGCCGAGCCACCUCGCCGCUGUUCCAGGGCUUCCCCGACCGCCACCUCCCCUGCCGGAACGUGUCUGGGAUGGGGUGCGGAGACUACCUCGGCUGCCUCGCCUGGGACGACUACUACGCCGGCGGCGGCGGGCGGCGGGGCCCGUCGUCGGGCGACGCCGCGGGGCAACCGCCCGAGUGCUGCGCGCUGCCCUGGGGUGCCAUCCGGGCGGUGAACGUCAGCCGGCUCGAGUGCGAGGGGUACAGCAGCGCGUACAGCCUCGCGCCCGUGCGCGCCGAGGGCGCCGCCGCGGGCUGGGCGUACGGGAUCCGGGUGUCGUGGACGCUGCCCGAGUCCAACCGCGGAUUCUGCGGCGCGUGCCGCGCCACGGGCGGGGCGUGUGGCCAUGACACGGAGAGCCACGCCGACCUGUGCCUCUGCGGGGACUGGAACUCCACCUCCAACUGCGACUCCUCGGCCGACGCAGCACGGUCGGUCGCCGCCACGCUGCCCGCUGUCGCCGCGCUUCGCUGGGCCAUCCUCGCCUCAGGAUUGACGUCACUAUGGUACUACGCGUCGACGACAUCAAAUAUGUGAUGGACGGUGGAUUCAUGCUGUGAUCGACAACUGCCCUUCAAACAACAGUACACACCACCUAGAGAAAGACGAUGCGUUUCAGGAGCUUGAAACGAUCGAAUUUCAGAACCCACGAUCACUAUCCAUACUGGUUUAUGUUUACAAUCACUCGUAAUGGACAAAAGGCCAAAGACGAUCAUGUUUGUUGUAGCAAGGAUAUUUUUCCCGUUUGGAUGUAUCCCUUUAUGUCAACAGACUCGUUUGGAUGUGAGUUUUGUCGCACAUUAGUAGCUGCACGAUGUUGUACGGGUCAGUCGGCUGUAUACUGACGAUGGUUUGAUGGUUGAUGGACAUAUGG